UUGUUGGAUCUCUCUCUCUCUCUCUCUCUCUGGUUCAGGAGGAGUUGAGCAGUGAGGGAGGUGCAUCUCUGCGUCUGCGAGACUCUUCUUCUUCUUCGUCGAAUCCGCCAUCCCCAAGGUUUCUGAUGCUCCACAGUCAUCAAACACCACCAUGCGCUCGCUUCUCUUCUCCCUCCGCCGCGUAACUCUACUCUCAAGGCAUCAUCAUCAACAACCUCACGCUUUCGCUCCCAUUCGUACUCGUUCGAUCCCGAUCAAUCCCACCUCUUCCUUUCCUUACCUUCUCCGCCACUCUUCCUCCUCUUCACAUCCCAAUGGAGACGACGCCAAGGUUGCCGGGCCUCUGGUGGAGUAUGAACGCAGAAUCGUAGCUGGAGAGCUAUUAGAUGGAGACUUAUGUCAGCUUGGUACUUUAAGAGAGCUUCAGAGACUCUACGACGAGCUUGUUCAAUCCGCUGAUGCUUGUCGAUUGGAUCGUUACUCUGCGUCCGCAAAACCCACUAGGAGUAAUUGGUUCUGGAACAAGUUUGUGUCUCCUCACUCUUCUGUCUCUCCUGUCAAAGGCUUAUACCUUUAUGGAGGAGUUGGGACUGGGAAGACUAUGCUCAUGGAUCUGUUUUUUCAUCAGUUGCCAAGUAGUUGGAGAGCACAAAGGAUUCACUUUCACAAUUUCAUGCUCAGUGUUCAUAGCCGCCUGCAGAUGCACAAGGGUCUUGAAGAUCCACUUGAAGUCGUUGGCCUGGAAAUAGCCGACGAGGCUAUAUUACUUUGCUUAGAUGAGUUCAUGGUCAAUGAUGUUGCUGAUGCUCUGAUACUAAACCGUCUCUUUAGACACUUGUUUAACAAUGGCAUUGUUCUUGUUGCUACAUCCAACCGUGCUCCAGAUAAUCUUUAUGAAAGGGGUUUACAGAGGGAUCUAUUCCUUCCGUUUAUCGCCGCACUAAAGGAAAGAUGUGUGGUUCGUGAAAUUGGUUCAUCGGUGGACUAUCGAAAACUGACCUCUGCUGAAGAGGGAUUCUACUUCAUUGGAAGGGAUAUCUCUGGACUUCUUAAACAGAAGUUUCAGCAGUUGGUUGGCGAUGAACCGGCCGGUCCUCAAGUGGUUGAAGUAGUCAUGGGAAGGAAACUGCAGGUUCCACUGGCUGCCGAUGGGUGUGCCUACUUUCUUUUUGAAGAGCUCUGUGAUAGACCCCUAGGAGCAGCAGAUUAUCUCGGAUUAUUCAAGAAAUUUCAUACAUUGGCUCUGGAAGGUGUACCCAUGUUCGGCCUCCACAACAGGACUGCAGCUUACCGUUUUGUGACGCUGGUUGAUGUGAUGUAUGAGACGAAAGCCAGGCUCCUGUGCACAGCAGAGGGUAGCCCUCUAGAACUGCUGGAGAGUAUAGUGACAAUAGCUGAUGCGCAGCAAAUAGCACCUAGAACCUCCUCAAGGUCAAGGAAGAGUGAUGAUAUCGACCUAUGCGUGGACAACGAGCUUGGUUUUGCUAAAGACCGGACCAUUAGCAGAUUGACAGAGAUGAACAGCAAAGAAUACUUGGAACAACACUCAACAAUGUUGCAGGAGAAACAGCCUUCUUUGUAGUUUUAUAUAGCGUGAUUGCGGAAAUGCCAUCACGAGCGUGUUGUAUUAUUGUUUACCGAACCAUAGGAUCUCAGCUUAUCCUUUUUGACAUCAAUCAUCUUAUAAAAAACUGUGUUGUAGCACAGACCCAUCUUUUUCUUGGAA